GUUGUCCUCUUCCUCUUCAUCAACAAGAAGCUGUAUUUCGAAACCACAGGAGGCCUUCCAUGCCUGGACCAACAAGGGAAGAGAAAGCACUCUAAAGACAAGACUGGGAUCCAUGAAGGGCUGGCUGAGAAGUUUUGAGAGUGAAAUAUUCACAGCCAUUGAGAGACCUCCAAUUUAAUUUCUCAUCAUGCUUGUUCUGUAGUUCACAUUAAGUCCAGAGUAUUGAAGGAACGGAACAGGUGGACUUGUAGACAUCAGAUAGUUGGCCAUGCUGUUGACAAUGGCGUCUCAGGAUGCUCAGAACCUCUUCCAGCCUCUCUCUUCCUGGAUAUAUCGGGUUUAUGAAGCUCUCCAGCAAGCAGGAGAUACGUUAUCUGCUUUGCUGGUUAACUUCAACAAACAAGACUCUAAAUUGAGUGACAAGCUAGACCAGGACUUAGAUGAUAUUCAGAUUCAGGAAACUUACUUUGAAGAUGAAGAACAAAGCAAUUGGAGUCAAGAGGACAUAAAUUCCUUGUUUCUUGAAGUGGAUCAUUUCUCCUGUUGUAACAGUGAUUUGCAGGACUCUGCCCAAAGUUCAAGGCCCAGACUUAGCCAGCAUGCAAAGGACGCCUGUUCUGUAGUGACCCAGUGGCCCAGUCAGACCCUUGAUGACCAAAAGCCACCACAUGUGCUUUCUUCUAUUGCCGAGGAAGAACAUCACCUUGAAAAGCAAAGGAGUGGCCUUCAACAGGGCUUUGACAGCCACCUCUCUGGUAUUUUAGAAAACAUUAAUGGAAAAAUGCAAGUUAACACCUUUGGAGUUGAUGAGAAGCUGCCCACAUCUUCUGACAGCGACGAGGAGGUUAUCAAACAAUUUGAGAUUUCUGUGCCCCGGUCCCAGAGUUUCCGCUCGGGAGCAUCUGAGAAAGGAAAGCAGACAGGACUGGAGCAUAAACCAAAACCCAGCCGCUGGCUUUCCACCCACGAAGAGGCCAGCACAGAAGUGUCUGCCUGCAAAGGUUUGGAUGGAGCCAGCCAACUGACUUAUUCUGAGAAUCUGUCUUAUGGCGAAGAUGACCCCAUCUCUGCCCACUCACAGUCCCCUCGUGAGGUGGGGGACACCAGGCACCAUGGCACAUCUCCCCAAGAGACCCGCGUGGUCCGCAGCCUCAGCCGGCAAUCCACACAGGGCAGCUUGGAGAUGGAGACAGCUUUUAAUAACCGGAGAUUUGAAGAUUCCUAUGCCACUGACAGCUCCUCCGUGUGGAGUCCAGAGGAACAGGAUGCAACCAAUUUUCAAGUGCCAUCUGGGGUCCCGGAGCCCAUCUCAAAAUGUGGUGGCCUGGAUGUCAUCUUCGAAUAUAGAGCUGCCAGCCAGAAGCUCACAGUGACCAUCGUAAGAGCACAGGGCCUCCCAGAUAAGGACCGAAGUGGCAUCAACUCCUGGCAAGUGCAUGUCGUGCUGCUGCCCAGUAAGAAACAGAGGGGCAGGACGAACAUACAGAGAGGGCCCAACCCCGUCUUCAAGGAGAAAGUCACCUUCGCCAAGCUGGAGCCCAGAGAUGUGGCUGCUUGUGCUGUCCGCUUCCGCCUGUACGCCACCCGCAAGAUGACCUGGGAGAGAAUGAUGGGCGAGAGGCUCUUCUAUCUCAGCCACCUGCACCAAGAAGGGGAAAUGAAAGUGACUCUGGUUCUGGAGCCAAGAAGUAAUAUCAUUAGUGGAGAGUCUCCGCUCAGCCCAUCUGCAGUUUCUCACAGUGACAGUGCUUCAUCCACGCAGUCGCUGUCACAUGGAGGGGCGCCAGAGCUGCUGGUGGGGCUAUCAUACAAUGCCACAACGGGGCGAUUAUCUGUGGAGAUGAUCAAAGGCAGCCAUUUCCGAAACCUCGCGGUUAACAGAGUGCCUGAUACAUAUGGAAAGCUCUUUCUUCUCAGUUCUGUGGGUCAAGAGAUGUCCCGCUGCAAGACCUCCAUCCGACGUGGUCAGCCCAAUCCUGUCUAUAAGGAGACCUUUGUUUUCCAGGUGGCCCUCUUUCAGCUCUCUGACGUUACGUUGGUGAUUUCUGUGUAUAACAGGCGUACCAUGAAGCGUAAAGAGAUGAUUGGUUGGAUUGCUCUGGGUCAAAACAGUAGUGGAGGGGAGGAGCAAGACCAUUGGGAGGAAAUGAAGGAGACCAAAGGGCAGCAGGUCUGCAGGUGGCACACUUUACUCGAAUCCUAGGUUUGCCAAGAGGUGUUUGUGGGCUAUACCUACCCUGGUGACCCGUGUUUUGAGUACUGAUACCAACUCAGUGCUUGCUGGCAGGCUUUUUUUAAAGACAGGCUUUAAGUAGGGAUUGGAUUCUAUUAGACCCUAGGACAUUCUGGGGGUGGAGGGAUCUUUGGGUUUCUCAAAGGUUUGAUUUGGAUUUAAAUACUGUAAUUUUUUUUAAAAGCCCAUAUGCACUGUCGAGUAUACUUUAUUGGAAAUGUUAUUGUAGUUGAGAUGAAUGAUGUUGAGUUAAUUUCUGUUAAUAGGUUAUUAAAUUUUGGUUCAGGCUAUAGAAGGAAGCUUCUCUGGCUGUCUCUGCUCCCUUCGAUUGCAAGGGAGAUGUUAAAAGUUACUGUUUGUAACCACUUGUGUGUAGGAAUCAGAAUUUUCUUAGUAUGGGGCAAAAUACUCCAAAAUACAGAAAUGAACCUGUUGCCGAGGUUCAUAGACGAAUGUAACUGUCAUCCAUAAUCCCCUAUUUCAUGUUUUUCUCUUUAUAAAAAAACCCUUCAUUUAUUUGCCUAACAAAUAAGUUUUAAAAACUUACACUUAUAAAGCAAAUUUGAAUUAAAUACCUCUUUGUUUAUCUCACUUACAUAUUGUGGUUUCCUAUGAGAUUUGGUUAGGUGACCCAUUUUGAAACUAAAAAAGAAUUCGAAAACUACUGUUGUAAGACAACUUGUCUCCUUUUGAGUAUGUAAGAUUUCAAAAUGAAAACUUUCUAGGUUUUUAUGCUGUUUUUCUCACCUAAUAAAUUCUUACAGAAUGAGAAGAAAACCGAAAAACCUAUUAAGUCAUGGAGGUAUUGAUUUUUCUGAAUCUAGUGUUCUCCUUCUAGAUUAUGCUUUUUCUAUAUUCAAUACAGUAUACUCACUCAUACAUAUAUUUUGAUUCUGUGUUUGCAUGUAAGCCAUACUUUUUUAAUGCCAUAUUUUCCAUCAUCAGAGCAUAGUAAAUUGUAUACAAUGGACUUUAAUAGAUGUUGAUUUGAUUGACUCUUAGAAAUGAACAUGCUAUAACACCUGUGAAUGAAGAAUAUUUUCAGUUUGUAAGCAACGACCCUAAUUCUUCUUUGAGCAUUUGAAGUGCCUAUAAUUGUCAUUUUUUUCGUGGUAUUUGCAGCAACAUAUAUUAGUCACUACUUGCAUUUUGGGCACGUGCCAUUUAGAGCACUGAUCAUGUAUGGUUAUGAGCAUGAAAUUUUACUUCUAACUGACUUUUACAUUUUUGUGCAGUGCAUGUUUAUUUUCUUAGAUCUGAGCCCUUAAUUUCAAUUACUUUAAAUUGGCAGUAAUAAGAAAAGGGAAGGAAUGUGUGUACAUGUAACACUGAGCCCCGUGUGCAGCUCUUCUGAGCAAUUGCUGUCACUUAUUUUUAGCUUUUAUGUUUCAUUGUUGACUUUUUGCUGUCUGUGGGAAGAGUGAUAGCUAGUGAUGGAUGUAUACAGUUAAAAACACAUAACUCCUCCUCAGCUCUACAUUUUGACAGAUUGUAAACGUAGGCUGUAACACUUGAAGCACAUAUUCAUUCCUUACAGCAUGUAACGGUUAUCCUGACAAGCCCAGACUAAGACACAGGAUAACUCGACUCUGAUUUGAAGCUUUUGAAAGAAGUGAUUUCAUAUGGAAGAAUCAGAAUUAGAAAAAUAAAGGAAUAUCUUAAUUUCUUUUCAGGGCAUGGGAGUUUCGGAUAUCAUGCUGCUCAGUUAUUGGGAACAAGUAGUAAAACCAUGCUCCUUUGGGGUUUUCCCCUCCCUUGCUUUGGAAGACCUCAGAGUGCUUUUCCAACAUCAUAUCCAUUAACUGCUGAGUGGUCUGUGCAGUGCGGCUGUGUCAUGGAGUAGAACUGAGUGCAAUUGAUUAAGUAGCAGCACAAAGAAUUGGCUUUUCACAUCCCUUACUCUCUUUAUGCGCCUGUGCUUAAAGGGAAGCAGAGCAGCCUUGUUAUGCUUUCCUUUCUGCAGUGACAUAAAAGCAGCAUUCACUUUAAAAUUUACAUUUGAAAAAAUCUGCAUCUAUUGUACAGACAGGCCUGGAUGUUUUCUCCUCAUAUUUUCCUGCUCAAUGUUUUGCCGCAUCCCUUGUCUCACAGAGCCCAAUAGUCACCUAUACUUCAUUUACUGCUGCCUUGCCUCACCCUUUCUAAGGUUUUCUGCCGGGGUAGUGAAAAUAUCCGUGUGUGUUUGAUCUGCUUUCUAAUAGUCUGCUUGUGAUACAGUUUACAGAAAUUUUAAGGGAAGAAUGCCUGAAAAGCAUUUUUCAUUUGUAUAAUUUUACUAUGUUGGUGCUAUUUACCAUGUAGGAUGCAUGUACAUCUUGAAUAUCUAGCAACGUUCACCCUAAAACUGAUUGUAUAAAUAUAAAAUGCUAAUGACAAGAUACAUCAAAAUAUGAGGUGAAUUUUUUUACAUAGACUUGAAAUUCUGGUUUAGUAAAAUCUUUUCUUUUCGUGCACUUAAAUUUCCUUAUUUUCUUGGCGGAGUCUAGACACAAUGCACUUAACAUGUUUUUCACUUGAGCUUUUAUAUCUGCAUUUGCUUUUCAAAGGAGUUACGAAAGAUAAUUAGUUGCUUCUGCCGUGUUAAAGCUGCUUUUGCCUAUUUCAUCUAGCUAAUAAUUAAUAUCUCAUAGGGACAUACGAAAUUGAAGAAGCACUAAUAUUUGUUGCUUGAGUAGUUCUUUCCACGAGUUUUUCCCGAAGAGAAUGCUUUUAAAAUACUAUUGUGGAGGGUAAAGGAUGCACUAGGUUUAUGGAAAGCUGGUUUCCAGCGUGCCUUCUUUCAGGGAAUGAGUUUACACUGAAUCGAGAAGUGCCCGUUUCCCCAAACACGGUGGUGACUCUUGUGUUCUCUGCGCCCCUCUGACUAUUGUUGAAUUUUUAAAUGGGCCAUUCACCAGGCAGCCGAGCACCUGCUCUCACUUCUCUCCUUCACUGGCUCCCAGUGUGAUGUGCAGUUGUUUUGGAACCUCUUUUUGCUCCUGUUGCAUAACUAUGAGGGGGGAGGUCUUGCCUUUCUUAACAGAAAAAGAGCUUGUAAUGUCUGCGGAAGUAAUAGACCUGGCAUUCCACCUGUGCAAAGUUUGAGACAGAAUCCCCGCCAUGAUGGGAAGAGAAAAAGAGAGCAUAGUACUGCAUUGUCGCUCACUUUAGGCACUGUUCACUCUGCAACUCCUUCCAUGACAGUGACGUAUUGACCUCAAAUGUUGGUAUUCUCCAUAGUGCUAGGUGCUACAGCGAGCCUGAAACACAGCCUCUGCCUUUGCAACAUGUAGCACCCACAAUAUUUUAUAAAUUGUUAACAAGUCUUGGUCAGUCACUGUGUUUUACAUCCUGGCUGUACCACAUGGUCUUAGCUGACAACCAAAACUCUUUUCUUUUCAAGUAAUGCAUUGUUUAAGUUGAAACUCCCAUCAGGUUAAGUGAAAAUCCUUCUCUGAUAGCCAUUGAAUUGAUUAAAUUCAUGGUUCAGUGUGGACCAUAGAACUGGGGGUUUCUGAAAAGCCUGGCUCUCCUUUUGCAGCAGAGGGCUUAGUACAUGAAGAUCAAAAAAGUGAGUAGGAAAAGAUUAUUCGUAGACGACUUAAAACCAAAUGCAGGCAUAUCCUUUAAUGGUGAAGAAACAGGGCUAGAAAUUACAUGUGGUCCCUCCUCUUACCUUUGAGUAAACUGUGACUAAAGAGCAUUCCAUUCUGUUUGAUCCACGAUGAAAGCAAAUGAUAGAUAAUCCUGAAAUGGCAGAAGUAUUUUUUACUGUAUUAAAAAUAAUUUGUGUGUUCCAAAGAGAAAAGUUAGGCAAAACUAUAAAACAAAUUAUAUAGCAUGAGUAUGGAAGAAUUAAAGAAUAAAUAAAUAUGCUAGAUACUGCCAGUGUCUAUUACAUAUAUGCAAGAAGAGUAAACAAAUGUAAACCAACAGCCAUUUUAGAUUAAGUAUCAUUUUUCACAACUUGUGGAAUUCUGGAAAAUACUUUAAGUUGGGGAGAAUGAAAUUGGUCUAACGCAACUCAGAGAAGUCGGCACAGGCUGUGGUCUUAGCCUGGGUUUGGAUGAACUUUGCCUACUGUGUGGCCUUAAGAAAAUUAACUUAGCCAGCCUGUGACCCUGUUUAUUCAACUGGAAAAUGGAAAUAAUUCCUACCUCAUAAGGUCUUGUUGGUUUUUUUUUCCAAUAAUGAAAUAACAGCAUAGAGAUGGGCAUAUGGUAACCAUUCAGUGUUGCCCUCUCACAAUCAUGCUUUAAAAAAAUGCAUUUAAGAUUUGUUUCUCUUUCUAGUGAAAGUAAUAGUAAUGCUAGAGAAAAACUAAUAACAAUUUUCAGAUACUUUAAAAAGGGUAGGCACAUGAAGCUAGUCUGGAAGGUAGCUCUGCUCACCAACUAUACCACUGACACUACAUGAAGCUAGUCUGAAUUUGGGGCAGGCUCAACUGGGAUAAGCCUGGUGUAUGGAGGAAACUGAGUCUUAAUAAACCCCCAGUGAGGUAUAAUGACCAAAUCUUUUAUCCACCCUGGUGCUUUUGUGCACAUCUUGGUAAAUCACACUCAUGGCGUCUCCUCACACCCAGCUCUUCUCUACUGUUCAUAUGUGGACAGAGCACCUUGUUCCCAUCAAAAGAGCUGGUAAAGAUGGCAACUUGAGUACCUAUUUCAACUUCGAUCUGAAAAGUAAAAUAAAUAAUGUGGCACUAUACUGACACUCUUUUCAAAAUGGGCAACAUUCUUUUUUUGGGCUUAUGUUACAUAUCCAUAUUACAUACGUAUAGGUAAAAAAUUUUAAAGAUCUAAUAAUGCAGCUAUUCAAACUUACCUAACUGUUCAACUGGGAAGUAAUAGGACCAAUUAUUUAUCUGUUUCCCUUCAGAAGUCAUAAUUCAAAGGAAUUCUAUCAGGGUUGAUACUCUUUUUUAGAAUGGUUUUUAAGAGUGACUUGUUGAUGUAAUAGAGAAUGUGUUCAGUUGUCCUCUGGUGUUCAAACCUUAAGUAAAGAGGAGAGUUUCCUGAGAACUUAGAAGAGCCUUUGUGGACAUUUGAUCUGAAGAAGUGGUCAGCAGCAAACCUCCUCAUGUUGGGCAUAACCAGGUGCCAUGAACCAGUCACGCAUACGGUGGUUUUAAACUGAGCAGGGUUCUGGGAUGGGGAAGUGUGAGGCCACAUUCCCAAAGUUGCCAAAUUGCCAAAGUGUUAACUCAAGUCCUACGAUUCUCAGUUAAGGAGAAACAUGAAGAAAUUGGAGAAGGAUCGCUUAGGGGUUUUAGUUGGGAAUAAUUUAGCACGUAGGGAAGUUAAAGGGGUUGGAUAGGUAUUGAGAAAGCUGAGGAGUGAUUUCUAGGAACAGUUAUCUAGAAUGUAAAGAGCUCUUACCAAGAGGAUGACUCACCCCCUGUCUUCUUAACAUGUGGACAGAGUCAGAGCUUCCACCUAAAGCAAGUCAAGAGAGUUUAACUGAGAUAUAAGGAGAAUGAUAUGAAGAGGGUUUUGCGCUAAUUCACAAUGUAUUCUUCGGAUUUCCUUGUCUCUUUGAGAUAGCACGGGACUUAAAAAUCUUUUUGGAGUGCGGUGACUACACUUUGAAGCAAUGUCACAAUAAAAACAGCAAUGCUUACCAACCUACAAUUGUUCAAUUAGUCUAAUCAUGUACCAUGAAAAGUCAAGUUUCUUGUUUUGAGUUAUUGGAAACAGGUGAAAUGUGUCAAUUCCAUGUAUUGGAAAAAUCCUCUAGGAAACCCAGGACUUGGAGUAGGCCUUGGUCACAUUGCAGGGGGAUCACCAAGGGAGAUCACAGAAUCAUCACCUUUGGAAGUCUUUUAAAAUAGAAACAUCAAAAAAAAGAAAAAGAAAAGAAACAUCUGCAUGAGCUGUGGGUUCCGACUAAAGGGGAACAGCAGGGCACCCAGGAAGACAGCCUUUAUAAAGUUCCUUCUGAGCCUAAUAUUUUAUAUGUAACCUCCAAACAGGAUCAACAAUAACAGUACUCCAGGCCUGCCGUCUUCCCCUUUGGACAUUUUUCCACACUGAUUUUUCUCUGCAUCAUAGAAGGCUUUUGCCAGGGAGUGCCUGCUCAGGCUUUGUUUAGGUGACUUUGGGGAUGCCUGCAGGCUCCAGGUGAGUUUUCUUUCCUAGAUACUUUGUUUUUGUUUCCCUCAGGUCACAAAGCAGUAUCCUAGACACACAGACAAUAAUCAGCUAUAUUUAUAGCCACUGUGAGACCUGUAAAACAGCUUGAGCCUUAACAGAACAAAUUCAGAGGCAGGCAUGGAGGCCUAGGGACACUCAUAGAACAAAACAAUGCUACCUGCUCUCCAUAACUCACUAAGGCUGCCUUCGGGUGUCUCCAUGGGGGUUCUAUGCCUUCAAAUGACGGUGUUAUCAAUUGCACUUCAAAGACGGUGAGAAGGCUGUCUUCCCAUUGGUAUCACCAUACUUACGCAGUAUUUUUGUUUACUUCAUUUUCCCCUUAAACUAUCUACUUGCUCUGUUGUUUUAGUUUAUAUAAAAUUUAUUCAUUCAAAAGAUAUUAAGUACAUUAUAUCCCAGACUCUGGGCUAGGGGCUGGAGAAUAGCAGGUGAGGAAAACAGCUUGAGCCGAAUAAUCAUUUUUGUUUCUAAAUAUUUAUUUAAUGUAUUUAUUUUUAGAAUUGAAUAUUGAAUGCUCUUUGCAAGGCAGUAAGUUAGACCCUGGAACACUAGGUCUAUACAAACAAAUGUGACACAGUUCUUAUGAGCUCAGUGAUUUAAUAGUUGAAAGGCACGGCUACCUUGUACUUUUUGAAAAAGUGAACUGGACAGAGGCUGCCAGAUAAAGGGGUGACACUGUGAACAAAGAUACCUGCUUGCUCCUCUGCUUCUUUUGAUUAAAAUUUGUCUUAGACGUUAUAUACUAAGCACAUUUGGGGCAUCCUAUGAAAUGGGUAAAUGUCAACAUUGGGGGUGUCCCUAUCUUGGCAGAUGGACCAAUAAUUAUUUUCUAGUCUCAAAGAAUUUAAAAUCAGUGUGAAUCUAACUCUUAAUGCUUUCAAUUUUAUAACAGAAGGCAAAACUAGGAAUUUUUGCAGUGGGUUUAUUGCUUGUAAUUCUUCACGUCAUAAAAAUUUAUCUCAAAUAUAUACUAAACAUGUUGCAAUCCACGUAAGUUAAGUCAGAAUGUUUGGUGGCCUACAUCAUCAAAAAAUCUACAAACAAUAAACGCUGGAGAGGGUGUGGAGAAAAGGGAACCCUCUUGCACUGUUGGUGGGAAUGUAAAUUGAAUCAGCCACUAUGGAGAACAGUAUGGAGGUUCCUUAAAAAACUAAAAAUAGAAUUACCAUAUGACCCAGCAAUCCCACUACUGGGCAUAUACACAGAGAAAACCAUAAUUCAAAAAGACACAUGCACCCCAAUGUUCAUUGCAGCACUAUUUACAAUAGCCAGGACAUGGAAGCAACCUAAAUGCCCAUCGACAGAUGAAUGCAUAAAGAAGAUGUGGUACAUAUAUACAAUGGAGUAUUACUCAGCCAUAAAAAGAAAAGAAAUUGAGUUAUUUGUAGUGAGGUGGAUGGACCUAGGGUCUGUCAUACAGAGUGAAGUAAGUCAGAAAGAGAAAAACAAAUAUGCUAACACAUAUAUAGGGAAUCUAAAACAAAAAAUGGUUCUGAAGAACCUAGGGGCAGGACAGGAAUAAAGACGCAGAUGUAGAGAAUGGACUUGAGGACACGGGGAGGGAGAAGGGUAAGCUGGGACGAAGUGAGAGAGUGGCAUGGACUUAUACAUACUACCAAAUGUAAAACAGAUAGCUAGUGGGAAGCAGCCCCAUAGCACAGGGAGAUCAGCUCAGUGCUUUGUGACCCCCUAGAGCGGU